ACUACGUUCCAAUUCCGGACAGUUGUCGCGGAGCCCAGUCCGUAUUCUUCAAACUAAGAGCUGGAAUCUGUGCUCGAGCGGCGGCCGUUGGAUGUGAUUGUGCGGAAUCACAGCCGCUCCGCAGGCCACAUCGCCAUUGCUUUCAGCUCCGCCGCUGUCUGGAUAACAAAACCUUCGGACCAGCGAGAUUUCCCCUUUUCAAAAUGAGGAGGAAAGGGCGGCAUCACCGCGUGUCUACAACAAGACAGUCCACUUCGCCCUGCAACAUCAAGCAUUCUCCUACGCGGGAAACGCUGACGUAUGCUCAAGCACAGCGAAUGGUGGAACUGGAGAUUGAAGGUCGUGUGCACAGAAUAAGUAUUUUUGAUGCCCUGGAGAUUAUAUCAGAAGAUGACCUCACCGCUCAGGAGCUAAGUGAAUGUAAUAGCAAUAAAGAGAACAGUGAAAGACCACAAAUACUGGUAAGAUCAAAAAGACUUAAAAACAAUCUAAAAAAGAAGAGUGCUGUUCUGGUGAAUGCUCAUGGGGUACAAGCAUCAGGAAGCACUCUCCCGGAGCCCAAAAUUCGCAUUGUUGAGUAUAAUCCACCUCCAGCCCCUCGCAGACCCCCGUCAUAUUAUAAAUUUAUUGAAAAAUCACCAGAGGAACUAGAUAAGGAGGUAGAGUACGAUAUGGAUGAAGAAGACUAUGCAUGGUUAGAACUGGUGAAUGAAAAGCGUAGAAACGAGGGGUUGAGUGUUGUGUCGCAGAAUGUGUUUGAAUUCCUCAUGGAUAGAUUUGAGAAGGAGUCUUUCUUUGAGAGCCAGAACCAAGGUGAUCCUCAGUCUCUCAUUGAUGAGGAUGCUGUUUGCUGCAUAUGUAUGGAUGGUGAAUGCCAGAACAGUAAUGUCAUUUUAUUUUGUGACAUGUGCAAUCUAGCUGUUCACCAGGAGUGUUACGGAGUGCCAUACAUCCCUGAAGGGCAGUGGCUUUGUCGUCAUUGCUUACAGUCUCCUUCCCAGCCUGUAGAUUGUGUGCUAUGCCCAAACAAGGGCGGUGCUUUCAAAAAGACUGACGAUGAUCGAUGGGGACAUGUUGUCUGUGCUCUAUGGGUUCCUGAAGUUGGCUUUGCCAACACGGUUUUCAUUGAGCCCAUUGAUGGUGUAAAGAACAUUCCUCCAGCCAGGUGGAAAUUGACUUGCUACCUCUGUAAGCAGAAAGGAGUCGGGGCUUGCAUUCAGUGCCAUAAAGCAAAUUGUUACACAGCAUUUCAUGUAAGUUGUGCUCAAAAAGCUGGCCUUUACAUGAAAAUGGAGCCUGUUAAAGAAGUAACAGAUACAGGAACAACAUUUUCAGUGAAAAAAACUGCCUACUGUGAUGCCCACACUCCUCCAGGCUGUGUUAGAAGACCUUUAACAAUCUAUGAAGAAACCAGUACAAAGAAUGGACUUUGUCAGAAAGGAGAGAAGAAAACUGGAAGGACGAGAUUGAAAGGCAGGCAAAAAAAUAAAAAGAGUAAAAAAGCUCUAGUUGAACCUUUGGCAGCUGUUCCAGCAGUGUCUGUGCCAAGUAUUCCUCCUCAAAGGUUAAACAAAAUUCUCAAUCAAGUUGCUGUUCAGAGAAAAAAGAUUUUUAUUGAACGCAUAUUGAAUUACUGGACCUUGAAGAGGCAGUCCAGAAAUGGUGUUCCCCUACUACGACGUUUACAAUCAAACCUGCAGUCACAGAGAAAUAUUCAGCAGAGAGAAAAUGACGAAGAAAACCGUGUUUUGAAGGAACAAUUAAAAUACUGGCACAGGCUUCGUCAUGACCUAGAGAGAGCUCGAUUGUUGGUAGAAUUGAUUCGCAAGCGAGAAAAAUUAAAAAGAGAAGAGGUUAAAGUGCAACAGGUUGCUAUGGAGCUGCAACUGACGCCUUUUACAGUCCUCCUGCGUUCAGUUCUUGACCAGCUUCAGGAAAAGGAUCCUGCUAAAAUUUUUGCGCAGCCAGUAAGCCUUAAAGAGGUACCUGAUUACUUGGACCAUAUUAAACACCCAAUGGACUUCUCAACAAUGAGAAAAAGAAUUGAAGCUCAAGGAUAUAAAAACCUUGAUGAAUUUGAGGAGGAUUUUAACCUUAUCAUUGAAAACUGCAUGAAAUACAAUGCAAAGGACACAAUAUUUUACAGAGCAGCUGUACGUUUAAGAGACCAAGGAGGUUCUGUUCUGAGGCAAAGCCGUCGCGAUGCUGAUUGUAUAGGGUUUGAUUAUGAAACAGGAAUGCACUUGCCUGAACCACCAAAGAUCGAACCACUACCACCAUUUUCGUGGGAAGACGUGGAUCGGCUGCUAAAUCCAGUAAACCGUGAGCACAUGUCCCUAGAAGAACAGCUUAAGGAACUCCUUGAGAAACUCGACUUGACAUGUGCUAUGAAGUCAAGUGCAUCUCGGAACAAACGAACCAAGUUAUUAAAAAAGGAAAUUGGUAACAUUCGAUAUGAAAUCAGCCUAAGGAGGACUCAGUCUGCUCAAUUAGAACUGAGUAAAUUAUCUGUUGAAGAAAUUCCAUCUACAGGACAAAACACAGAAGAAGACGGAGACAAGUCAUUACCACCAAAGCUAGAACCAUCUGACUCUUUGCCACCUCCUCUAAAUUCCGACAGUAAUUCAGAACCACCCACACUCAAACCAAUUGAGCCUAGCCCUGAGAACAAUAAAUUGCAUAAACGUGUUAAGUUUGACAAUGAAAUGUGUGGUAUUUCUCCACCAAAGGACAUAUUAAAUGGACAUACUCCUGAACACUUGCUUGCAGAGAGUGAUGUCAGUGUGGUGGCAACAUCUACAUUAGCAGAAUCCUCAAGUGACGUCAACAGGCGAACAUCCAUACUUUUUCGAAAAUCUAAAAGUGUAAGUCCGCAAAAACCUGGAAAAAUCAGUGACGCACAGCCUAGUUCUCCACAGCUAGGAACCAAAACGUUUUUGUCUGUGGUUAUUCCAAGAUUGGAGACUCUUCUCCAGCCAAGGAAGAGGUCCAGAAGUGCAUGUGGAGAAAGUGAAGAAGAAGAGUCACCUGUGAAGCGCUUUGAUACAGGGCUUUCAAAUGGUUAUGGGAAUGAGGAACUCAAAGAACUCACUCCAGCCAGAAAACUUGAACCUCGGCGUAGAUGUGCUUCCGAAUCCAGCAUAUCUUCAAGUGGGAGUCUGUUAUGCAAUACAAGUUUCAGCCUUCCCAAGUGUGGCAAAGGAAAACCUGCCCUUGUGCGGAGAAAUACUAUUGAAGACAAAAAUGAGCUGAUCGCUUGUAUUGAAACUGGAAACUUUGCCAAAGCUGCAAGAAUUGCAGCGGAAGUUGGCAACAGCAAUAUAUGGAUGCCUGCUAAUGCUGCAUCAGUUGUUCUGGAGCCAUUAAAACUAGUUUGGGCAAAGUGUAGUGGAUAUCCAUCGUAUCCUGCCCUGAUAAUAGACCCCAAAAUGCCAAGAGUUGGUUGUCAUCAUAAUGGGGUAUCAAUACCAAUACCACCUAUGGAUGUCCUUAAAAUAGGCGAACAAAUGCAGUUUAAGUCUGGAGAGAAACUUUUUCUUGUUCUCUUUUUUGACAACAAAAGGAGCUGGCAAUGGCUUCCUAAAUCAAAAAUGGUCCCUCUUGGAAUUGACAAGACCAUCGACAAGAUCAAAAUGAUGGAGGGCCGAACCUCAAGUAUUCGAAAAGCUGUAAGGACUGCCUUUGAUCGAGCUAUGAAUCAUCUGAGUAGAGUGCAGGGGGAACCAGUUAGUGAUUUUAGUGAUGUCGAUUAAAGUGGUGCUAACCUAACAUUAAACCUG